AUGGCGUCUACAAGUGCAUCACCCGACUCAGCCGCGGCUAGAGAACGCGGCAAUGACUUUUAUCGAAAGGGAAACUUUGCUGAAGCGGAGAAGGCAUACAAUGAAGCGGCGUCGCUAGCCCCUGAAGACCCCGCACCGUGGUCCAACAUCUCGGCCAUCAAGUUCGAACAGGGCGAUUAUUCGGCUUCUCUGAAGAACAUCGAAAAGGCGUUGUCCCUUACUGCUUCAGAAUCUGAUGAUGAACCCAAGAAGCAGAAGUUGUACACCCGGAUGGUGAAGUGCCACCUGCACUCCAAUUCUCUCGACAGCGCAGAGGACGCCGUAAAGUAUCUCAGCCGCGAUGCACCAAGCGAUAGCCUGCGCGCCUCUCUGGAGGGCAUGAAGAAGCUCUUGGAAUCUGCACCAGACGAAGACAAGCUGCGCAAGCAGACGUUGGACCGAGUCACUCGGUACAAAGGCUCUCUGCAAGAUGCUCCUGAGUAUUACGCCAUGGGCCACGAUUUGGCCGAACCUCUGUUUGAUGCAUCACUCAUGUCCGCGGUCGGGCCGAAGGAUGAUAUAUCUUUCCUUCUCUGCGGUAGCGGUGAUGCUCGUCACUUAUUUGCAUCAAUCGCCCACCUGGGUCUCACCGAGAUGAUGCGCCAGCAAGGGCCCGGAGUUGACAAGCAGUCAUUCGGGAGAGUGCACUUCACCAUCCUCGAUAUCAAUCCCGCGGCGCUUGCGAGGACCCUCGUCAUGUUCGACAUGAUUUUCCAGUACAUCAUCCUCAAGGCCAAGAGACUCCCGCGGAUCGAGGACGCGCUCACGUGCAUGGCUUAUGUCUACUCGUCGGCUUUCAUCCCGCCGUUCGUUCUCAUGAAGCUGAUGGAGCACAUCAGGACUUUGAUCGACAGGUUGGAGGAGGGCGGCGAUGUCCUGGGUCUCAUUUAUGUUCCUGAGGAUACCAGGGCCCAGGUCAUUCGUAAGCUGAAGCAGUGGACUGAGGAUCUUGGUGAGCAGUACGCUCCCAAAAAGAUCCGAGCACCUCUGCUGGCCAACUUUCACAAGACAGAUGAGCAAAAGAAGAAGGUGUUUGGCGAGGAUCCUGUUGACAAACAGAAGGAAAUCGAGGAAAGACAGCGAGAUUUCAAAGAAUUCGGAGUGGUCUUUGCGAACGACGUCUUCAUCGGCCGCCGGGAGCCAGAGCUGGGCGCGCUGCUGGAGGCAUUCCGUUCCGGCGCCCCCGAAGCGAAGAAGAACUUGGAGCAGCAUAUCGAUGCUAACUGGAAGACGAAUCCCACGGUCCUCGAUAUGGACUACGAACCAAGGCGACACGAAGAAGUCGACCCCAGCGCACCCAGCUACGAGCUCCUCCCAACACUGGACUGGGAUCCCACGAGCUUGAUUCACAACCUGUCGAUUCCUGUCAAGGACGCAGAGAAGAAUGAUGUGAUCAAGAGCCUUGAGGAGUUCUUCGACUACCUGUGUGUCGCGACAAUGUCACUCACCGACCGCAUGGAUAUUGAGGUGAUUUCUGGGGAAAUGGCAGACGUGCUGGACCGCAUUCGAUACAAUAAGUUGGAGCAUCGCUUGCAGAAGCCAAGCAGCCCGGACGGGCUAGACGCUACCAAAUUCCCCCGCCAGUACGAUCGCAUUCACAUGAGCAACAUCCCGGAUUACAUCGGCGGUCCACUUGCCGCGCUAUUGUACGGAGGACCGGUCCUUCGCGAGGACCGACCCUCUAACCUGAGAUUCAAUAACCUGCUCAACCCUCCGAUGUUCGACAGCCACGAUCAUUUCCUCGCAGAGUACAUGCUCAUGUCUGACACCAAGCAAGUCUCAGACCACUUUGGGCUUGUCCGCGAAAAGGACGCUAAUGCACCUGCGGUCCCCGAAGACUUCAUGAAGAUGUUAAUGGGCAAUACAUUCAUGGCCGAGAACUACUUCGUCUGGGCCCGUUCUGGAACAAAGCGGAUUCCUUCGAACAGGAUGAUGCCUCGAUCUAGUCUGGAACACUGGCUCUACGGCCAUCUUCUCAAGAUAUGCCUUCCUUACCCUCGCCCUACGUGGAGUGAUCGCCCAGUUCACGCUCCGCUCAAUUUGACGGCCUUCCUGCGGAUCGUCAACCGGAUGCACGAAGUCGGAUACCCGGCGCACUGGCUCUCGGGGAUCCUGUCCGCCGUCUGCGAAGGCAACAUUACGACGACUGCCCGCGCGCCUCGAGAAAUCGUUAUGCACCCGGAAAGCCUGACGAAAUAUGCGCAGCGCAAGAUGAGCCUGAGCCCUUGGAGGGCUGAGUUCACCACACUGCUCAGCCUCUGGCGCCGGCUAUUGCCUUUCGGCGUCAUCGUUCCCGAGCAUACGCUGGUUCCAGCGGAGGAGAUUAUUGAGUGCACCAUCACCUUCCCCAAGUUCCAUGAAUAUCAACGUCGAGUCAUGCAUUUCGCGCUGGCAUUUGUAGACGAUUCCAAGGUUGACGCCUCGCAGCCUGACCUUCGGAAACUUCUUCUGGAAGAUGAGGAGGGAGAUGCGUCUGACACUGCGGCCAACUUCCGAGAAAAGGGCAUUCACCUCGUCACAGCUUUCAAGUUCGUCACGGACACCAGGACGGCCACUUUCUGGAUGCGUAAAGAUGUCGUCGACCACAUCACACAAGGAGGCUCCUGGAGUGCAAGCAUCUACCGCACUGACAACUGGGAAACACUUCUCGAUACAAUCGUCCCCGCAGCCCCAGCUCUGCGGCGGCUUGGCCCUUGGACACGAGCAUAG